UCCAACGGCUAAACCGUUUUAGCCACGUGGACGCCAGCUCAUCAAAUUCCUGCAAUUGCAAAAACUCCGUUGUCUUCAUCACGGCAAUGCAGUACGCUGGCGGGUUAUUCAUACUCCAUUAUUGUCCGUACGACUUCACUUUCUCUCUGUGAGAACCAGUCGAGAACGCUUGCUUUCUAUCUCUCGAAGAGAACCUUCAAAACUGGACGUUAUUUAGAAAUGCUGCAACAGCGUCCGUUUACGUAUUUUAGUGUCGUCGUCUAUUCGACUAUUCUCACUUCGCUGGCUCGGGCGUUCACUAACCGGCCGGAGGUUGCAGCUCUUCAGGAUCUGUACGGUGCUUUGAACUAUCCACAUGAGCUUAUAGGAUGGAGAAAAUAUGGUGGUGAUCCUUGUGUGGAAUCAUGGACUGGAGUAUCUUGCUCCGGGUCAUCUGUAAUAUACCUUAAACUCCGCGAUUUAAACCUCACUGGGAAUCUUGGAGGGCAGCUCAACAACCUCAACAAUUUGAAGCAACUGGAUGUAAGCUCGAAUAGACUUACGGGUGAAAUUCCCCAUAACUUGCCUCAUAAUGCGACUCAUAUAAAUAUGGCAUUCAACCAUUUAAGCCAUAACAUUCCACAUACUUUAUCUUACAUGGGAAAUCUUCGACAUUUAAAUCUGAGCCAUAAUACUCUAUCUGGUGUGAUUGGGAAUGUGUUCACUGGUUUACAGAAUUUGAGAGAGAUGGAUUUGUCAUAUAAUGACUUCACUGGAGAUUUGCCAAGAUCAUUAGGUUCCUUGACAAACAUCACUAGACUGUUAUUGCAGAACAACAAAUUUACAGGAUCAGUUGCCUACUUGUCUCCACUUCCAUUAACUGACUUGAACAUCCAGGACAAUUGUUUUAGUGGCAUUAUUCCAGAAAAUUUUAGAACUAUUCCAAAUUUGUGGAUUGGGGGAAAUAGGUUUCAUGCAAGAGUCAAUUCUCCACCCUGGGAUUUCCCCCUGGAAAAAGCACCUAUGGUGCGAAACAUCAGUGGUCCUCCAACAACCAAGUCGAAUUCAAUCCAGAAUUAUCCCUCUCGUGGUGUCAGGCAAGAGAAGAAAAGGCUUGGUCCUGGUGGAAUACUUCUCCUGGUUGGCGGGUUAACACUAGUUGUAACCUUUGCAGCUCUCUUCAUUGUAUUCGCCAUUAGCAAUAUGAUACCCCGAUCACUCCCUCUGGGCAAAGCUGAAGAUGGUUUGUCCACCGCACCAGAAGAAAACUCACAGAGCUUGCCCCUGAGUUCUCUACUCAUGGGUGGUCAAAGGCCUAUAGCUUCAUUAAAUCGCACGAGAACCGAGAAAGUUUCUGGAAGACAAGGUUUCUCAAAGAGAUGCAAUCUCCCAGUGGGAACAAAAAUGUUCACUCUGGCAGAGCUUCAAUCAACCACAAACAACUUUAGUCAAGAGAAUCUUCUUGGAGAGGGAUCUCUUGGUGCUGUUUAUAGAGCUGAAUUUCCUGAUGGCCAAGUUUUGGCGGUGAAAAACAUCAACAUGGGAGCACUCUCUCUUACAGAAGAAGAGAAAUUUCUGGAUGUCGUAUGGACUGCUUCCCGUUUGAGGCACCCGAACAUUGUUACACUGCUUGGAUAUUGUGCAGAGCAUGGACAUUAUUUCCUCGGAUAUGAAUAUGUUCGAAAUCUGUCUCUUGAUGAAGCUUUACACUGUGAAUCUUUCAUGCCUCUGUCAUGGACUGUCCGUCUCCAGAUUGCUCUUGGAGUUGCUAGGGCUUUAGAUUAUUUGCAUAGAAGUUUUUUCCCGCCAGUUGCUCACUGCAAUCUGAAGGCUGCCAACAUCUUACUUGACGAUGAACUGAUUCCUCGUAUUUAUGGCUGUGGGCUAUCUGUUGCGAGGCGACUUGUGACCAACAGAGUUAAAACGAAGGCUUCUGAGAUUGCCAGUGGUGACAGAGGCUACCUUGCACCUGAACAUGGCCAGCCAGGAUUUGAUAACACCAGAAGUGACGUGUAUUCUUUUGGAGUGUUGCUUUUGGAGAUUGUCACUGGAAGAAAACCAUUUGACAAUUCGAAACCCAGGAAAGAACAAUCGCUGGUGAAAUGGGCUUCAUCUCGGCUUCAUGACAACGAGAGUAUAGAGCAGAUGGUUGAUCCAGUCAUUAAAGGAACAUUUUCCUCCAAGUCCCUCUCUCGCUUUGUUGAUAUUAUCUCCCUUUGUAUACAGCCUGUGAAGGAAUUCCGACCACCAAUGUCUGAAAUAGUGGAACACCUAACAAAUCUUCGGAGAAAGAUGGAGAUGACGAAACAUGCUGCAUCAGAAGGAACGGAAAUUGAUCCUUUUGAGAAGUCUUUUCGUUCAGCUAACACUGGUUUCGUAAGCUCACCAGCUUACAGCUAUUCUGCCACCUCAGUUUAGGUCUGGCCAAGCGAAAAAAAAUAAAUUUGCCAACAGAUGAGCCUAAAAUGAUGGUCCACCUUGUGUUGAGAAUCUUGACUGAGCUGCCC